AUGGGAAAUGAUUUCGACUAUCAUGGACAGAUGAUGAUAAAAGGCGAAAGUGCAAGAGAGUUUGAAUCUGGGGUAGUUGCAGCGAGAAAGGGUCGCUUCGCCGCUUUAAGCGAUGAACCAGACCGUAAAAGAAAGGACAAUUGGAAAGGUGAUAGUGGGUCACCUUGCCUGAGCCCUCUUUGGGAGCUGAAAAACCCUGCUGGAGACCCAUUGAUUAGUACAGAAAAGUUUACUGUUGAGAUGCAAAACAAGAUCCAAUUCAUCCACUUUUGUCCAAAUUCCAUCCUUUCUAAGAUCUUCAUCAGUCUGACAUACAAUUUAGCGCUUCCUUCUCUCUUUCUGCAAUUAAUUUCUUUUGGUGUUUUCCCCCUUUUAGAUGCUCCAAGUGGUCCUGAAUAUCCUGGCUAUUAUGGCCGUGCUGAUGAAAGGGGAAUGCCUCGAGUCAUCAGAGACGCAGAUCCUAUCGAAGCAUCCUAUGAGCGCUAUCUCCGUAGUGGGCAAAUUUCCUCCCAUGUUGCUGGUGAGUCUGCAAGAUCCAUGAAUAGUGGAAUUAAUGGCCAUUCUAUUGAAGAUCCACGUGUUAUGGGCAUUGGGGGAUCUGACCUGCUAGCUUUUAAAAGCAGGAAUGUUGGAAUGGUAGGUGGCAGACCAGAAGUUACCCUUCCUCCGGAUGCUAGCAGUACGUUGUUUGUAGAGGGUUUGCCUGCGGAUUGUACAAGAAGAGAGGUGUCACAUAUAUUCCGCCCUUUUGUAGGUUACAAAGAAGUUAGGCUGGUAACAAAAGGAUCAAGACAUGCUGGAGGCGAUCCUUUGAUUCUUUGCUUUGUUGAUUUCGCGAGUCCGCCUCAUGCAGCUACUGCAAUGGAUGCCUUACAAGGUUAUAAAUUCGACGAGCAUGAGCGUGAUCCAGUCAACUUAAGGCUGCAAUUUUCUCGCAACCCUGGUGCGAGGUCAGGUGGAGGGAAUCACCGAAAACGUUGAAACUAUGCAUAUUUACAGGACUUGCCAAAAGCUUGGAGAUUUAUAAUACUUAGAGAUGUUAUGCCGGCUUUGGAGUUUCGUGUGCGACGUGUUUCUCUAAUCGGGUGCUUUCGUUAGGAUCAGCUUGAAAUUGCUGUGUUUUACUUUAUUGGGGGGAGUAAGUGAUAGUUGCUAACAAAGUGUUUAGCUUUCGUUUCAACCUCAAUUAUCUGCCUCAACUUUACUGGACCCCAUGCGUUGUUAAAUUUCAAAUCUGGAUGGACGUGAGAUGAUAUCACUUGAAUCUUGCGUAUAGCAUGUUAGAAUGACCGUUUAAUAUUAAGUGGACUUGCUGCUUAGCAGUUUGAAGAGUUGCUUGUUUGAUCAUGCCAUGAA